CCGGCGGGAGGGGAUGUUGGGAACAGGAGAGGACGUGGCAUGAGCGGGCGAGGAGAUGCUACAAUGAGCAGGGGAGGGGAUGAUACCAUGAGCAAGGGAGGGGAUGAUACCAUGAGCAGGGGAGGGGAUGAUACCAUGAGCAGGGGAGGGGAUGAUACCAUGAGCAGGGGAGGGGAUGAUGAUGAUAUGAUGGGCAUGUUGAUGGGGAGAAUUGACUGGGAGAUGGUGGACAGGGUGGUGUCUCUGGGAGGCAAUAGUGCGGUUUUGAAAGGCCGUGCGGAUAGAGAGAUGACUUUUGAGGUGCCUCAAAAGGUGAUGGGGAGGAUUGACUGGGAGACGGUGGACAGGGUGGUGUCUCUGGGAGGCCGCAGUUUGGCUUCUCAUGCCCGCGAACAUGAUGCUUCUGGCGCUGCUGAUGCUCAUGGUGCUGCUGCUGCUGCUGAUGGUGUUGCUGCUGCUGCUGAUGGUGUUGCUGCUGCUGCUGAUGGUGCUGCUGCUGCUGAUGGUGCUGCUGCUGCUGCUGAUGGUGUUGCUGCUGCUGCUGAUGGUGCUGCUGCUGCUGAUGGUGCUGCUGCUGCUGCUGAUGGUGUUGCUGCUGCUGCUGAUGGUGCUGCUGCUGCUGAUGGUGGUGCUGCUGCUGCUGAUGGUGUUGCUGCUGCUGCUGAUGGUGCUGCUGCUGCUGAUGGUGCUGCUGCUGCUGCUGCUGAUGGUGCUGCUGCUGCUGAUGGUACUGCUGCUGCUGCUGAUGGUAAUGGUGCUAAUGCUGCUGCUGCUGCUGAUACCAAUGCUGUUGCUGCUGUUGAUACCAAUGCUGCUGCUGCCGCUGCUGAUACCAGUGUUGUUACUGCUGCUGAUACCAAUGCUGUUGCUGCUGCUGAUACCAAUGCUGUUGCUGCUGCUGAUACCAAUGCUGUUGCUGCUGCUGAUACCAAUGCUGUUGCUGCUGCUGAUACCAAUGCUGUUGCUGCUGCUGAUACCAAUGCUGUUGCUGCUGCUGAUACCAUUGCUGUUGCUGCUGCUGAUACCAAUGCCGCUGCUGCUGAUGGUGACGGUGGUGGUGGUGGUGGUGCUACUGCUGCUACUGCUGCUGCUGAUUAUGCUUAUACCAAUGCUGCUGCUGCUGCUGCUGCUGCUGCUGCUGCUGCUGCUGCUGUUCCGAACAUCACUCACAAUGCCCCUGGCAGCACGCCUCUGCUCGUGCCUCCUCGUAACACUGCCAGCACGCCUCUGCUCGUGACUGCUCGCGGGCCUGUGAAGGAGCAUGACCUGCACGGCAUGGCAGCAUAUGCGGUGCAUUCCCAUGUGAUGUACCUGCUGCUGGGGAGGGACCCUGAGGGGCGAACGGCAGGGACGUAUCAGCAGGACUUGCAGAAUUGGUACAACAUAUUGCUGCAGCACCCCGACCAGCCUCUGUUUGUUGCAUGCCAGCUGAAGCCAGAGCUGCACAAUGCACUGCUGCUGCAGGCGCCGCCAAAAUGUCUCCCUUCCGCCACCCUCCCUUCCGCCACCCUCCCUUCCACCACCCUCCCUUCCACCACCCUCCCUUCCACCACCCUCCCUUCCACCACCCUCCCUUCCACCAUCCUCCCUUCCACCACCCUCCCUUCCACCACCCUCCCUUCCACCACCCUCCCUUCCACCACCCUCCCUUCCACCACCCUCCCUUCCACCACCCUCCCUUCCACCACCCUCCCUUCCACCACCCUCCCUUCCACCACCCUCCCUUCCACCACCCUCCCUUCCACCACCCUCCCUUCCGCCACCCUCCCUUCCACCCAACCCCUUGCACCCAACCCCUUCCAUCCACCCUCUCUCUGUCAUUGGCCAUUUGAACCUUUGGACACUUUUGAUUUCGUCAACAGGGCUGUCCAAUCAGAGCACUUAGAGCAGAUGCCUGAACCUGCCAGUGCUACAGUGGAUAUGGCUGUAGCUGGUACGCUUGUAGCAGACACGGGUGUAGCAGACACGGCUGUAGCAGACACGGCUGUAGCAGACACGGCUGUAUCAGAGAGAGAGACGGCUGCAGCUGACAAUGCUGUAGUCGAUAAGGCUGGAGCAGAGACGAAUGGAACAGACGCAGGCAAGGCUUUUGCAAAUGAGGCUGCAGCAGACGUGGCUGUAGCAGACACGGGUGCAGCAGACACGGGUGCAGCAAGGGAGCGGCAGAAGCAGGAGGAGCAGAAGCAAGAGGAGGAGGGAGCUAAUGAGGAGCAGCAGGGCAGGGAGAAGGGCAGGGGGCGGCAGACAUCAUACCUCCCGUUGGAGCUACUGGUGCCGGUGCUGCCACUGCAGCACGUGCUCUUUGCCUCGCUGCUCCCCUCGCUGCUUUCCCGCCUUGACUGCCUGCUCACUGCCCGGAACAUCCGGCGGUUCAUUGUGAGGCAGUACGGGUGUGAGCGGCAGGGGCAGCAGGCACCGCGUUUUCCUGCUAUUGAUGUGAGUCACUCUCAUGCACUGCACUGCUCUGCACUGCACUUGCACUGCACUUGCACUGCACUUGCACUGCACUUGCACUGCACUUGCACUGCACUUGCACUGCACUUGCACUUGCACUGCACUUGCACUGCACUUGCACUGCACUUGCACUGCACUUGCACUGCACUUGCACUGCACUUGCACUGCACUUGCACUGCACUUGCACUUGCACUUGCACUUGCACUUGCACUGCACUUGCCCUGCACGGCGCUGCUCCCCUCGCUGCUCCCCUCGCUGCUCUCCCGCCUUGACUGCCUGCUCACUGCCCGGGAUAUCCGGCGGUUCCUCGUGAGGCAGUCUGGUGCACUCGUUGGUCGAUCGCUGAGGCGGAGGCGUGGUGGUGGCGGGUGUAGUUCGGAAGGGCAGCAGCAGGUGCAGCAGUGUUUUGAGUUGACUCAAAACACGGCUCAUUUGGAGUCGACUCAAAGCACGGCUCAUUUGGAGUCGACUCAAAACACGGCUCAUUUGGAGUCGACUCAAAGCAGCACUGGUGGUGGAGGGUCGCUGAGGUGGAGGUGUGGUGGUGGCGGGUGUAGUGGGGAAGGGCAGCAGCAGGUGCAGCAGGAACCCCGUUUUCCUGCUAUUGAUCUCCUGCGUGCCCUCACCUGCCCCGGCACAACAGGGAGCUGCAUUGGCACAUACGAGAGUGACCAAGUGCAGGGUGACAGCUGCGUGCAGCUCGCUCUUCCCUUCCACUCGUGCACCCCAACCAUCCCUGUCCACCCACCCCCUACCCAUCUUCCUUCCCCUCCUUCUCCCUUACUUCCCCCUGACAUCAGCUCCUGCGUGCGCUCGCAUGCCCCGGCACAUAACCAAGUGCAGGGUGACAGCUGCGUGCAGCUCAUCCCCCCACACCCUCAACUUCUCCCUUACUUCCCCGCCUUCUCCCUCCCCCCUCCUUCUCCCUUCCCCCGCCUUCUCCCUCCCCCCUCCUUCUCCCUUCCCCCGCCUUCUCCCUUCCCCCGCCUUCUCCCUUCCCCCUCCUUCUCCCUUCCCCGCCUUCUCCCUCCCCCCUCCUUCUCCCUUCCCCCUCCUUCUCCCUCCCCCCUCCUUCUCCCUUCCCCCGCCUUCUCCCUUCCCCCGCCUUCUCCCUUCCCCCUCCUUCUCCCUUCCCCCUCCUUCUCCCUUCCCCCUCCUUCUCCCUUCCCCCUCCUUCUCCCUUCCCCCUCCUUCUCCCUUCCCCCGCCUUCUCCCUUCCCCCGCCUUCUCCCUUCCCCCUCCUUCUCCCUUCCCCCUCCUUCUCCCUUCUCCCGCCUUCUCCCUUCCCCCUCCUUCUCCCUUCCCCCUCCUUCUCCCUUCCCCCUCCUUCUCCCUUCCCCCUCCUUCUCCCUUCCCCCGCCUUCUCCCUUCCCCCGCCUUCUCCCUUCCCCCGCCUUCUCCCUUCCCCGCCUUCUCCCUUCCCCCUCCUUCUCCCUUCCCCCUCCUUCUCCCUUCCCCCUCCUUCUCCCUUCCCCCUCCUUCUCCCUUCCCCCUCCUUCUCCCUUCCCCAUCCUUCUCCCUUCCCCCUCCUUCUCCCUUCCCCCUCCUUCUCCCUUCCCCCUCCUUCUCCCUUCCCCCGCCUUCUCCCUUCCCCCUCCUUCUCCCUUCCCCCUCCUUCUCCCUUCCCCCUCCUUCUCCCUUCCCCCUCCUUCUCCCUUCCCCCUCCUUGCCAUCAGCUCCUGCAACCUUUCUCCUAGCCCCAAAGCCCUUUUGGAUUGUGCCUUCGCCUCGCUGGCAGCGGCGCAGGCAGCAGCUGCCGCCAAGUCAGCACGCAAGCUGGCCAAUAAAACGCUCGCUGACGUGGCAGAGGUACUGGUGGGCGCCAGCUGGCGGUGUGGCGGCGCUGACAUGGCGGUCCCGGUGCUGAGGUGGCUGGGCCUGCCGACAGAGGGCGUGGGAGAGCUGCUGAGGGGAGAGAUGGGGUGGAGGGGGAGAGAGGCGGAGGGGGUGGCAAAGAGAGGGGCGGUGGGCGUUGCAGCAAACCCAGAUAUGGCACUGGACGUGCCCACAGAGGGCGCGGGGGAGCUGCUGAGGGGAGAGAUGGGGUGGAGGGGGAGAGAGGCGGAGGGGGUGGCAAAGAGAGGGGUGGUGGGCGUUGCAGCAAACCCAGAUAUGGCACUGGACGUGCCCACAGAGGGCGCGGGGGAGCUGCUGAGGGGAGAGAUGGGGUGGAGGGGGAGAGAGGCGGAGGGGGUGGCAAAGAGAGGGGUGGUGGGCGUUGCAGCAAACCCAGAUAUGGCACUGGACGUGCCCACAGAGGGCGCGGGGGAGCUGCUGAGGGGAGAGAUGGGAGCACGAGAAUCGGAGCGAAGGGUGAGUGGCAGCAAGCACGCAUGGGAGCCAACUAGACAGCCGUUCGUUCUGCCACGUCAGCCGCCAGAGAAGCGGCGUAAGCUGCUUGAAGGGGAAUGCGUGCAGCAGCAGGAGGGGCAGCAGGAGGAACAGCAGCAGGUGCAGGGUGUGCAGGCUGUAAAAUGCUUGCUGCAGCAGCAGCAGCAGCAAUCUCUCCCACCAGAACCAGACAACACACCGCCAGCUCAGCAAAUCCAACAGCCCAGCUUCCUGGAACCUUCCAUUGCCAGAAUGAACCCCAGGCGCCACGUGGCAGCAGCUGGUUGGCUGUCGGAGCUUCAGAAUGCGAUGGGGUAUCGAUUCAGAAAUAAGGGGAUACUGAGGGAGGCGAUACGGGAGGAGGAGUUGAGGUGGGAGAGACGGUUUGUGUUCCUGGGAGAAGCUGUGUUGGAGUUUCUCGUCAUGCACUACUGGGUACAAGCAACGUUUGUGGUGGCCCAUUCUCCUGCCGCCACGUCACCACAUGCCACGUCAUUGCACGCAGCCAUGUCAUUGCACGCUGCCACGUCAGCGCACGCCGCCCGGCCGUCCCCUCACCAGCUAACGAACCUGCGCAAGGUCAUGGACCACACAGAGCGAUUCUUCCAGCUGGCGGUGUGCCGUGGGCUGCUGCGAUUGGUGCGCAAGAUACAGCGGGCGGCGAAGGCUGCUGAAGACUUGGCUGCUGCUGAUAGGGCUGCUAGGGUGGCGAAAGCUGCUGCUGAUAAGGCUGCGGGGUUGGCAAAGGCUGCUGCUGAUAGGGCUGCUGCUGCUGUUAGGGCCGCUAGGGAGGCGAAGGCUGUUGCUGAUAGGGCUGCUAGGGUGGCAAAGGCUGCUGUUGAUAGGGCUGCUAGGCUGGCAAAGGCUUAUGGUGUUGUUGGUGAAACAGCUAGGGAAGAGGAGGGGAAGGAGGAAGGGAAGGGGGCCGGGAAGGAGGUGGGGAAGGAGGAAGGGAAAGGGGAGGGGAAAGAGGAAGGGGAGCACGAGGGGAUGGAGAAAGAGGGUAGCAGCAGAGAAGGCAUGAGCAGGAGGGUAGAGCCGACAGGCACGAGUGAGGAGGAGGGUGGGGCAGAAGGUGAGAGGGAAGAGAAGCGAAAGAAGAGGAGGGAAGACAUGAUUGGACUCGCGCUCAUGGAUCAAGCUCGCAUUCAAAUUACUGGAGGUUUGAGAAGUCAUUUUGAGGACAUGGAUGCUGACAUGGAGAAUGAUGGCGACGGCGACGAGGACGACAACAUCGAAGGGCAUAAACCAUUUCCCAUGGACGUCUCUGAUCUAAUCAAGGCCCUCACAGCAGCAGUCUUCCUCGACUCCACUCCUCCAAACGCCGCUCUCACCACACUCAAUCCCCGCGCACCUCUCCGUCCUCCAUGCCCUCUCGCCCGCACGUGGCACGUAGUUUCCUUAUUGCUAUGCCCCAUCCCCCUGCUGCAUCCUCUCUCCUGCCAUCCCCCAUCCGCUCUGCUCCUGUUCUGCGGGGCUCUCUCCCUUCCCGCCCCCAUUUACGCGCCCAAGCCUCAGGGGAGCGGGGGUGGGGGGGAGCAGUGGGGAGAGCAAUGGAGGGAGGAGUGGGCCCGGGAGUGGGGAAAAGGGGAAACAGUGGGGGAAGGGGAUGGGAAUGGGGCAUGGAAGGAUGAGGAGGGUGGGGAAAGGGAGGGGGGGGUGUUGUGUGGAAGAGACGUGGAAGGUGGAGGAGGGGAUGAUGGGCUGUGUGAAAAGGGCGUGAGGGGAAGAGGAGGAGGGGAGGAGGAGGAGGGGGUGGUGAUGGAAGUGGAGGUGAGAGGGGUGGUGCUGGGAAAGGGGUGGGGGAUGGAUGAUUUGGCAGCAACGGUGGAAGCAGCUUCUGAUGUGCUGAGAAGAGCCAAGACUGUACAGGGCUUCAAGCAGCUGUUUCAGGAGGCAGAGGGGGCAUGGGCUCUGGGGCCUAUGAGGGAUGCCUGGGAGAUGCAGGCAGAGGAAGGCGAUGAGGGAAUGGAGGAGGGAGGAACGGAGGGUGAAGUGGGGAAAGAGGCAGGGGGAGACGAAUGUGUAGCAGGUAUGGAGGGAGGACUGACUGAGGGUUCUGUUGAGAAAGGAGGGAAUAGUGAAUGUAAUGGUGGGAAGACGAAGGCAGGGGGAGAAGAAGGUGUAGCAGGUAUGGAGGGAGUUGCGGCGGCUGGUGGUGGCUGGGAGGCUGCUGGUGGUGGCGGGGAGGCGGCUGGUAGUGGUUGGGAGGCGGCUGGUGGUGGUUGGGAGGCGGCUGGUGGUGGUUGGGAGGCGGCUGGUGGUGGUUGGGAGGCGGCUGGUAGUGGUUGGGAGGCGGCUGGUGGUGGUUGGGAGGCGGCUGGUGGUGGUUGGGAGGCGGCUGGUGGUGCCAGCUGUGAACCUGCUGGUGGCAACGCUGGUGCUCCCAGCACCGCUGUGCGCCCCUUUGGAGCCUUCUGGACCGCAUCCCACUACUGCCUCGUGCUGCCCUGCUUGGGGGAGGGAGGAAGAGGGGAAGAAAGAGGCAAAGGGACCGCUGCAGACUUGCGAGAGGCUGAGGGGAGAGGGAAGGAAGCGAGAGGGACGAAUCCCUGCUUGGUGGGGGGAGGAGGAGGGGAAGAAAGAGGCAGAGGGACCGCUGCAGGCUGGCAUGAGGCUGAUGGGAGAGGGAAGGAAGCGAGAGGGACGAAUCCCUGCUUGGUGGGGGGAGGAGGAGGGGAAGAAAGAGGCAGAGGGACCGCUGCAGGCUGGCAU